CGAGCCCCGUUCCCGGACAGCCGUCUCAGCUUUUCUCCAUCCCUGGACGCUGUGCUGACUGUCAGGUCCUGUGAACUCCACACGUGGCUCAUCCAGGAAAAAGCUCAUAGAGGAAAGCUGGAGAAAAGCUAUUCAUAAAGGCUUCUAAAGUGGUGGCCGGUUUCUGUGACGAAGGAAGAGCAACAGCAGGAUGUGUGAAGGGCCAUCUAGGAUUUCUGGACCCAUUCCUCCAGACCCCACGCUCUUUCCAAACUAUUACAAACGCCCCUUCUCAGCUCGAGGAAGGCUGGAAGGCAAUGCUCAGAAGCUGGAUUUUACCUCUGGCCCCCUGGCCCCAGUUCCCAACGCAUACCCUGCUUUGAGCAGUAUCCGCCAGAUCCAGCCAGCCCCUCGCAUUCGCCCCAGUGGAAAGGAGUUUCUGGAGAAGGGACAGAAGGGGACACUUGGUCUUUUGCUGCAACUUGAAGGGAUCUCCCUUGAUGGAGAACUGCCAGUCAAGAGGAAAGAGUCCAAAGACCACGAGAAGGAAAAUGUGAGGAGAAUAAAGGAGAUUCAGAAGAAGUGCAAAGAGAAGGAGCGAGCCCGAGAGCACAGCCAGCCCAAGCCUAUGAAAGCUCUGUGGAAGUCCCAAAAAUAUGAAAAUGUGGAGUCAAAGGUGAAGGCCAAACUGCAGGAGAGCUGCCCACCUCCAAAUCCAGAGGCUCUAAAAUUCCUAAGGGCAUAUUCUCGCUGUGGCCCUGGGAUCAAGCCGUGCAGACCGCUCUCCCCCAGGCCUACCAGAACAAAAGCAGGAGCAGACACAGAGGCUCCAGAGGCACUGAGCUCUGAAACAAAGCUCCAAGUGGAGGGCAAGAGCAUCGACUUCAUUAAGCACAAUGCCCGCAAUGCCAAGCGGGCCCCGCUGCGGCGCUCCCAGUCCCUGCAGGCGCUGACUGACUUGCUGGAACAGAAGCAACGGGAGCAGGAGGAAUACAACACCAAGCAAAAGGGCCACAUCCCCCAGUACCUGCUGGAGAGGAAGGAGCUAUGGCGCAGGCAGAAAGAAGAGGAGCUACGAAACCUACCAGAUCCUGACAUGCCACCGGGUCAUACCAUGAUGCCUGAAGACCAGCGGCUGGAGACCCUCAGCAAUCUGAAGCAGAGCCAGGAGCAGCUGGUAAAGGACCUGGUGAUGCUGCCAGUGCGCACGGACACCCUUAGCAUGCAGAAGAGGCGGAUAGAGCUGGAGAGGAAGCUCUCCCAGAUAGAAGAAGCCCUCAAAAUUUUCUCGAGACCCAAGGUUUUCAUCAAGCUGGACUCCUGAGCUGGUGGGGCUGGGUAUGUUGUGCUGCUCUGCACGAACAUCCUCCAUCACUUCUCCAUCCCUACCAAAGUGAUGAUGAAGAAGGCAAGUUCAGGACCGUAAGCACACGCAGGUGCCAAUAGUGUCCAGCGUGCAGCUGGUAUCUCUUGCUCACCUUCCAGUGCUGUGUCUUGUCCAGGAAAAAGGGAGAGAGAUGCCCUAAUUUAUUCUCUGCUGUGUGGUCUGGAGAACAGUUGUCUCUGUGCUGCUUGACUUCUCAGAGAUCAGCUCUGCUCUGAGCCCAUGGCAUCACGUCUUAUUUUCCUGUUUUUUUUCCCACAUCUAGAAACUGGCAUGAAGUCUCCCAUGCUGUUGCCGUGGUGUUUGCUGUUCCUCUCUUUCUCCUGAGAUGGGCGAUGGUCAUGGUUCAUUCUGGGCACCUGCACUGAGACACAGACCUCAUGCUGUAUGUCUGCUCUUCAUGCCUAGUCCUGAGCACAACCCAUCCCACUGCAGCUGGUGCCUUUGCUAGCUGGAAUCAGCAGCUUGGGGACAGCUUGGGGACAAAUGAAGAGGUGCAGAGCUUCAGUCCUUCCCACCAAGGGAAGAGCUGAGCUGGUUGCAGGGGAUCCAGCAGGAUGUUUGGAGAAGCCUUGGUUGUCUGUGCGUCAAGACAUGCUGCAAUAAAGGAUCAGUCCCCUCCUUUA